AUGGGUUUCACAGUCAUUAUUGUCGGAGGGAGUGUGUCGGGCCUUUCAUUGGCCAGCAUGCUCGAAAAGUUCAACAUCAAUUACAUCCUGCUCGAAGCACAUCCUACUAUUGCUCCUCAACUAGGCGCAAGUCUCGGCCUUCUCCCAUCUGGCCUGCGAAUCCUGGAUCAGCUUGGAUGCUACGACAAAAUUCGCAAUAAUGUUGGCAACACCUAUUACGCUGCUCAAAUGCGCUUGUUUAGUGGGAAAACAUGGAUCGACACAAAACCCACCACGUUCUCGGAGAAGCUGGAAGAAAGAAUUGGAUAUCCUCAAACCUUUGUUGAUCGCCAAACCGUCAUUCAAGUUCUGUUCGACAGCCUCAAGUACAAGGAUCGCGUGUUGACAAGUAAACGCGUCAACGUUGUGGAACAUGGCGGCGACCAUGUUACUGUACAUACAACAGACGGAUCAAAAUACACCGGAGAUAUUGUUGUUGGUGCUGAUGGAAUCCACAGCAAGGUCAGGCAAGAGAUGUGGCGGAUUGCAAAUGAUGCAAAGUCUGACCUCUUCAAGCCAGACCCACUGGUUGGCCUUCAAUGCGAGUCCAAGUGCAUCUUUGGGAUUUCCAAAAGGCCUCCUGGUUUGCCUGCGUCACCUCAGCAGAUCAAUGCCUUCUUCAAGAACAGCAACUACAUGAUCAUUUCCGCACCCGAGAACCGUUACUAUUGGUUUCUCUUCACGGAAGCCAAUAAAGUCUAUGGAAAGGAUAUUCCCAGGUACACCAAAGAGGACGAACUCCAGCUUGCGGAGGAACAUUUCGAAGACCAGUUGACCGAAACAACAACUUUCAAGGAUCUUUAUGAACACAGACUGCAAACCUCUCUCGUCAGUAUUGAAGAUCAUGUUUUUCCACGGUGGCAUUAUCGAAGGAUCAUCACGAUCGGUGACGCAGCACACAAGUUGCAUCCCAUCAGUGCCCAAGGAGGUAAUGGCGCCAUGGAGACCGCUGCUGUCCUUGUCAACACUCUUGUUGACGCUCUUCAAGACCAAGAUGCGAAAGGAUCGCUGACAGAAUGCGAAAUUGAUGCAAUCUUCACUGACGUCCAGGCGAACCGAUUCCAACGGGCCGUGGAUGCCGUGAACCAGGGUCGUCGGACAAACUCAGCCUCGAUCAAGGAAACCCUUUUCUCCAAGAUUUUCGUUGACUACUUCUUCCCACGAUUCGGUCAGAGUUUGAUUUUCAGCCUCAUUGUCAAAAACACAAUGAGCGGCCCCUGCAUUGCACGUCUACCAGUACCAGAGAGGUACAUCAUGGCUGUUGAACGUCACCAGAGGCGUAAUCCUAAGAAGAAUUGGACGACCUGGACUUUGAUGUCUCUUGGAGCCGGCUUUCUUUUCGUUUUCAUGUUUUCAAGGAUGAGAGUCUGA